CCCUAGGUCUUACAUCCUCGCUCUCUGCACCUCCCAACUAUGGCAAGGGACCGUUUUGCCCACUACCUCGAGAGUUGUCAACGGUAGCUCCCAGUGGCACUGAAACUGAUACUGUGAUUGGAAUCAAGAAACCCUAAAUUGAGUCAAUAGCAUGCAGCAGGGAGGAGGAUCCGACAUGGAAGUGACAUGGGAGGACGAACAGAACAUCAAUAAGUUCAGAACAUUGAACAAUUGCUUUCAUGAGCUCGAGGAUGAUAUCAAAAUCGCCAACUUAACCAUAAUUUUUUCUGGAUUGAUCAGUAUCAAUAUCGACAUUCAAUACUAUCCCUGGAUAAUGUACACUCUUGCAAAGAAUACAAAGGAUGAAGUUGAGAAUAGGAUAGAAAACAUGAAAGAGGUGACAAGCCAUAAACUAACAAAGCUUGACGAGGAAAAAAAAUCUGUGGUUGCUCAGAUGGCUGAACUAAAGAAGAUUUUGUAUGGGAAGUUCAAGGACUCGAUCAAUCUCGAGGAGGAUUAGCAGCCUUCUUCUUGUUCAUAGGUCUUUUUGGGUUGAUUUGAACUCUAUUG